AUGGACUUCGUGUUCGGCAACGCCAAGGCCGUGUUCGACCAGUGCCGUUUCCGCCUCGUCUACUGGGGCGGGGCGUACUUCGCGCAGGCAAGGGACCAAGGGGAGGACACCGGCUUCGUCGUUUGGGGCGGCUCGCUCUCCCCGUACGGAAAGGGCCCCAUUCGCCCCGGCUUCCUGGCACGCGCAUGGGGGGCGUACUCCACAGUGGUGUUCGUGAAGACCUACUUUGAUGUUGGGUCGGUUCGCGAGGAGGGUUGGAGCUUUGUGGGUGGUUACAGUAACACACAGAACGUCAUUUUUGGUGCGUACAAGUGUUUCGGCCCCGGUUACAACUCGAGCCUGUGGGAGCACAACGGCAGGGAGAUGAGCACGGCGGAGGCGGCGCCGUACAUGUCGCCGGAUUACAUUAACAAGGGCAAGUGGAUCCCGUACAACCCGCUCAACCUCAUGCCCGCCGCUGGCAGCAGCGCGGUGGGCAGCGUGGGGACAGCGCGCGAUCCAAAGUCACCCGUGGAGUCUAUCGGCGCACGCGGACAGAGGCAACCUCGCGGAACCGGUUCGACAGGACGAGGCAACGGCACGGGGGGGACGUCUCGUGGUCAGUCCCCUUCGCACUCGCCUGUUAAGAGUUCUGGCGGCACGACCAAGGCUCGCGGCUCUCCCAGGAACGGCACCACUGGCACUUCAGGCGCGCACCCCGCCAAGGGCUCCAAUGGCUCCGGAACCUCGCCCUAA